AUGGCUAGCGUCUAUAAUCAGACUGUGCUUCCGGUUUCUGCCGUGUCAGGUGUUACCCCAAAUGGGUCAACAUCACCACCCCCUGUCCUAACACCUCUUAUUCACAAUCAGCAUCAGCAGCACAUACAAAACCCGCCGCUGCCCUUGAAUAUCGAACAGCAUAGCGAAUCCACUUUGCUACCACAUCUCUUGGAACAACAGCAUCAGCAAUCGUCAAAUCAUUUGGCGUCACACGCUGCAACAUUUCAGCUGCAAUCUGCCGUACAUCGUCAGCUCUUUUCCACUGGUGAAACACCACCAACAGGUUAUAUCAAUUCCAUAAAUAGUGUUAAAACACAACAAAAUGGCGCCAUGGAUAACCAAAACUCUGAAUGUAUUUCAGCUAGGAGUAGAACAAGCUCAUCCGGCUUACAUGUCGCUAAUGGUACAUUAUUGACAAACUUCGUUAGCAAUCAUAGCGGCAGACCCAGUCCGACAGCAUCUGGCUCAUCCACCUCGGGUGGUAGCCAUUCUUCAGCACAAUCAUUACCAUCACACUCUCCGGCGUUGCAACAUCACUCCCAAUUGAGUUAUUGCACACCAGUAUUCACUGCCGCAGCUGCAACGGUUGUUGGACGCAUCGAUACCGGAGGCGUUAGUGAAGAUAGUGUGGUGGAUGUCGGCAGCAGCGGGUCUCUAACACUGCUGCACUAUCCUAACCAUCACCACCACCACCACCACCAUGCCAAUCAUCAUCAGCAUCAGCAUGACUCACACGGAUUGUUGGAUAUAUCCACUUUGUAA